AUGACCCCCACUGUCUCGCCAGUCCAGGCGGCGGCGGCCAUUGCGACUGUCGGCUUUCUCGCCUAUGCCACCACGCGGAUGCUGCAGGCAUUGUACUCUGCACCGCCGAAUAUUCCAGAGCCGGCGAUUCCGCCCAACUCCGAGGACGGUCUGGUCUGGAGCGUGAUCAAGCGUGUCCUCUACCGCCACUUCUACGUCGUCCGCAAGGGCGACCCGUUGAAGACACUGCAGCGGUGGUGCGUGGAGUUCGAUUACAAACCGUUCGUCAUGAAGAUCUUCUUUCGCCCACAUGUGGUGCUCUCCAGCCCGGUCGACAUUGAGCACGUGUUGUUGCGCGCCGACACGAAGUUCUACAAGGACACCGGCUACGACAUCGUGCGCAUCGUCGUCGGCCGCGUUGGCCUCCUCGCCGUCGGCAACAAGGCACAACACGCCGUACACCGCCGCAUCCUGAUGCCCAUUUUCAGGUCGCAGAACAUUCGCGGGGUUGCGAAUGAGAUCAUUCGCAUGCACGCCCUGCGCAUGAUGGGCGGGCUCUUCCAUCUCAUCCAGUGCGGCGGUGAGCAGGACGCCGUGGUGAACCUGAGCGACCACGUCUUCCGCAUGGCGCUCUCCGCCAUAGGCGAGGCGGCCUUCCGCGCCUCCCGCAGCGAGUCGCUGCGCGUGCGCGGACACUUCGAUGUGAUGAUGAAGAUGUCCCGCGUGAACUACUUCUGCCCGUAUCUCAAGUCAUCCGCCCAGCGGAAUGCACGCAACACCCUGAAGGAGAUGAGCGUGGAGUUGCUGGAUAAGAACAUGCAGAUUAAUCAGAUUGGUACGCGGCGGUGUGUGAUGGACGCGCUGAUCGAUGAACUGUACGUGCAUUUCAGCAUGGACGACGUGUUGGAUCACGUCGUCACGUUUUUGUUUGCCGGCCACGACACGGUGAGUCACACGCUGGAGUUUCUGUUUGCGCUCCUGGGUACGAACACGGAGGUGCAGGAGCGUCUCUACGAGGCCCUUGAAGACUUGAUGCCCUCCAUCUGCACCUGCCCCACCGUGCAGGAGCUUAUGGAGUGCGACUAUCUUGUCGCCAUCGUGAAGGAGGUUCUGCGAAUGUACCCGGCGGCACCUAUCAUCUACCGCGACGCAGCCGAGGAUGUGUACCUACCCGGAUCUGCGGUUGUGAUCCCGAAGGGCAUGACGGUUGUCAUCACGCUUUCCGCUCUGCAGCGCAACACACACGUAUACGGCGAUGACGUUGACGUGUUCCGCCCCGAGCGGUGGCUUGGCGAAGAAGGCGAGGCGCUGCGCAAACGCUGCGGCCGUUGCGGCUACAUCCCCUUCAGCUGCGGCAAGCGCAGCUGCAUUGGCCAGGAGCUCGGCUACCUGGAGUUGCUCGUCGUGACGGCGCUGAUGGGUCGCCACUUGAAGAUGGAGCUGGUCGGCAAGUUUCCAGAGGCGCGGUACAACAUUACCAUAGCCGUGAGCCACUCAGUCUCCAUGCGCAUCACCGCCCGCGAUGGCAUUCCCGUUAGCGAGGUUUACGAGCGCAUCGCCAACGUACUUGACCUCAACGACGAGGACGCCGGGUCUGCCCGUAACGUGACCCGGGGAGUGUAA